AUGUAUCUUCCAACUGGUACAUCUGCCGUUAUCGCCUUCUUGAGCUGUGCUAGCUCAAUCUACGGGCACGCACUUAUCGCCGAUGCAUACGGCAAUGCGAAUGAAAAAGUUCGCAGCCGAGGCCUGGGUACCACUUCGUGGUAUAACAAAGGCCCUUAUGGCACAGACUUGCACCCUUGGCAAACCGAAGUGUCCAUCUUCGCAAGCAGCGCCAUUCCUUGCUGCCACAAACCACGCAAAUACCAACCUCAAGGCUGCGGCUUGAACCUCGGUCUAGUAUGGCGGAAGGAAAUCAGGCCUAGUGCGUGGCUUAUGCUUCAUGGAUGGCACAGCCCCACUAUUCAGAACUUAUUCCAAGCUCAGCGUGGUUAUUCUCUUGAUGUCAAGGAGGAAGUAAAUAAGUUCGUAGGGACAAAUAUGGUUGCGCAAGUCACGGCGGGAGGCUGGCUAAGAAUGCGGGUUCACCAAGUCAACGCCGAUGGUGCUGGUCCUUUCAUGUGCAAAUUGGAUCAUACGGGCAUAGGAAACGCCUUUGGUCCAUUACAGAACCUCAAGGAAAACAUCCACGGCGACAAACACUCCAUCAACCUCGGCACUAUUCACAAAGGAAAUCUUUGGAUAACCUAUGUUCUUCCUACAGAUCUCCGAUGCACUGGUUCUUAUGGCAAUAUGAAAAACAUUUGCUUGAUUCGCUGUGAGAAUAAAGCCGCGAACGGGCCCUUCGGCAGCUGUGUCCUAGUUCAACAGAUCGUUACGAAUGUGCCCGAGCCUAAGCUAGUCCCUAAGCUAGUCGUCACACCGAAGCCCGCCGUACCGGCACCUGUUCGUCCUCCCACGAAAGAAGAGCUCAGUGUGGCACUAGGUGGAGAAGUCCUCCCCAAGACGGUUACAGUGUACCUUAAGGAGCAACAGAAAAUCCCUGCCGAAGAAAAGGAAGUUCUGGCUGAAGCUGAAAAGGCAAACGAAGAGGCUGCUAAGGAUGAUGAAAACGUUGCUAUGCUCGACUACUACUAG